CUUUUUCACCAAGAUGUCAGAUCGGAGGUCGACUUCCAAUUUUUGUGGGACGGCGGAAGUGAGCAGCAUCAGCAGAAAGAUCCAAAGUUUAAUUUCACCAGCGUUGUGCAGUAUUGACCCCAGAACUCCACGGCUUGGCGGCCAUUAUUUGUUCUUCUCCAGGCACAACCCUCACCCUCAUAGAGUCAGGCACAUUCAAGGCUUAAAUGGAAGGCCAGUCUGCAUGGUGAGAGACGACUGGAACCUCACUUCGACUUUAUUUCCCCACCCCCUGCUGAAAAGCCAGCACCACGGCAGAGCAAAUGAGAUCUGCUUACCGGCUAACCACUGCCAUCAAAACACAUCAGGCUGGAGAGGUGAGCUUCAAGAAAUUGCUGCAAAGGUAGCACAUAUGAAGCUCAACACCCAGACCCAGCCUGCUGGAGAGGGAGUCCGCCUGAAGACCCAGUAUUCAUCUCAAACUGGAAGAAUCAUUCCUCCGUCCACUCGGGUGUCUCAGCGGCGCUCUCACUCUCAGCCAGUGGAAUAUCGUCAGCAGUUUCAGGAUCCAGAAGUCACGGUGCUGGAGCUUCUGCGUCAGAUUCUGCAGACUGACUCUUUCUCAGCCGUCCAGCAGUGGCUCCUGCUCGCCGGCCCCAGAGAGAAGGAGCAGGUGAUGGCGAUGAUCAAAGAUACCCUUCGCAACGGCGACCCUGCAGGGCAACGCAAUAGUCGUGUUCGGAAGUUUGACAUUUCUCGUGCUGAUGUGCUUCCAUCCAAAGGCCAUUCAAGAGGAAUGAAGUCAAGAGUGAAUGGAGCGUUUGACAAAGGAGGACCAGAAAGGAUUGGAAAUGCAGAAGUGCUGUCAAUCCAUAAGGAUCAUUUCCAUGAAGAACUCUAGUCUUUGGAGAGUGGAAUGCUUCCUUGUGUCUUCAUAACAGAAUCCAGUCCCUUGUUGGAGGCUCUGAGCAACACCUUUCAUGCUCAGUGUGUACAAUGGUUCACCAUACAUAGGUUUUCAUAUACACUUCUUUAACCUGUAACUCACAAUCAUCAAUAAAA